GUGUGUGUGUGUGCGCGUGCGUGCGUGCUUAAGUAUACAUAAUUUUACACUUUUGAAAUGCAAAGAUUAAUUUCAAUAAUUAUAUGAAUUUUAUCUUGGCAAAUUUCAAAAAGUGUUGGAUAUAUGGAGAUUUUGUUUGUUAUAAUUACGUAAAAGCUAUUUAAAAAAUUUUUCAUUGAAAAUGAUUUAUGUAUCAUACGUCCUUUUAUGUGAUUAUUAUAUGUCAUGUCCAUUUAUGUGAUGUGAUGAUUCUUUUGUAAGUGAAACAAAAAAAGUUGUACCUAUUUUAUUUUUAAAUUUAUGUUUUUAUUUAUACAUUUACAUUUCGCGGAAAAAUAACAUAAUUAUUGCGCGCGCCGGCAUCGAGCGCGCGUUCGCAUGAUCGGUAGACAAGAGAUAGAAAAGGCUAUAUAUUGUUUUCUUCUACGCUAAACAUUCGAACGUCGAAGCAUCGGCCUGUUAAUUGUCGAACGCAGUGGAACGCACAUGUUUGUACACGUUCGUGUAUUAUGCAGUCGGGUUUUCUUUUGUGUGUGCCUAGGCUAUCUUGCGAGUAUCUGCGCUUUGGUUAAUUGAAUUAUUAACCUUCUUUCUCAUUAUUGCCUUGAACGGAAAGCUGUUCUGUUCCGCAAAAAGAAGAAGAGUUAGGCUCGGGCUCGAUUUCAUCAUCAUCUCUCUCUCUCUCUCUCUCUCUCUCUCUCUACAGAAGGUGGGAAAAGCCAGUUUAUUAAGAUUUGUUUCGUGUUAUUAUUACAAAAUUAGGAGCAUUAGAAAACUCAAUGAAUAUACUUCUUCCAAUGAUGAAGCAACUUAUAGUACACUUCCGACUAUCAAAAGUAUCUCGUAUGGAAGGUGUUCCCAAACUUCCAGUUGACAGUGAUGAAAAUUUGGAAGAAUUCGAAAGGUUUUUGGAUACUAAUACAAAUUUUGAGUACAUGGUUAAUACUUUAAGCAUAUCAGGUGGCACAACUGUUUCUCAGAUCAGUAGAAGGACUCUGGAAAGAAUAAUUACAAAUAAUUAUGCUAGAAAUUUUAACGGCAGGAAGAACACCGAAGAAAUCUUUCACGAUUUUAAAAAUAAAGGACUUAGUCAUAGCUAUUGUCGAGGCUAUUGAACCAAAUGCUGCAAUAUAUGAUGUAGAUAAGUCCAUAAAAGAUUGGCUCAAAUUAGCACCUCUUCGUGUAACCUUAGCCGAUUCCAGGGCAUUGAAGACAAAUUCAAGAAAAGUAUAAUUUCUCAUCGUUUCAGUUUCGAUAUUAAUGUUUAUUUUGUAUUUACAUAUUUCUAUCCAUUCCAUUUCAAGAAUUUGAGAUUUAUUAUUUAGUAAUUUGCAGGACAAUUAGGAAUAUGUAUUAUCAUAGUAUUCUGCAAUGUACUCGCACUCGCCACUGAAACGUGUUCUCAUUGAAGCAUUAAAAUAAGUAUAUAUCUCUUUACCACCUAAUAAUGUAUCGCAAAGAUGACCGAUAAUAUAAAAGCACUGUUAGUUGUUUUGUUAUAAUGUUAUGCGUAAUACAAUUAUGUAAUUAAAAAUUAAAACCAAAAUCGAUAAAAACUUUUAGUUUAAAAACUUACAUUUAAAACUUAGUACAUAUAUGUAUACGCAUUGUGCAAUAUUAUAUACUUUUACACAUUUUUAGUUGGCGAUGUUUCUGAUACUUUGACGGUGGUGAAAAGAUAUAACAAAAAUUAUAUACUUUAAUACCAUAAAAAUAUCAGUAACAGUUUAGCAUUUUAUUUUAUAAUGUUUCAGUUUUAUAUUAUGUAUUAGUUUAAUAUUACAUUAACAUUUAGUUUAUUUUGUAGCUUGUGUGUGUAAUGCUUUUACAACUUUUAUAUGCGUUAAUUUAUUUUAUUUUAACGUUGUUAUUUACUCUUUAAACAUUAAGUAUCACAUUUAUUCUCAUUUAUAAUACUAAAAAACAUCGUACUUUUAAGUUGUACCGACAUUUUCCUUAUAAAACAUAUACAAAAAAAA